ACCCCAUUGAGAACUCUGCCGUAAAUUUCACUGCUUGUUGAUCUUCCACCUGAAGGAACUCCAAUUCCGCGCAAUAAAAACUGGGGAAUAAAAAGGAGUAAAGUUGGAGUCGGUUGUCCAGCGAGUCGACUCAUUAUUGGGAUGGCGAACCACCACAACCACCAACAGCAGCAGCCGCGAACUCGGAAGGACGACCCGUUUUUACUCAAAUACAACGCCGAUGACCUCCGAAUCGCCUCCGAAUUCCUCUCCAAUUGGCUGCCUUUUCUCUCCCGAGGGCUUUGCCGUCGCUGCACACAAACCCUCUCCGAUCUCGUUCGAUCCCUUGAUCCCGGGGCCGAAGAGAACCCAGUAGUUUUGACUCUGAAAAAUAUGGACAUUAGUGGAUGUGACAAAAACAACUGUGACACUACCUCACUUGGAAAUUGGAAGGAUGAUGUAGAUGUGAAUGAGAUUGCUGAUACAAAUUCAUUAGGGUCCUGGAAAGAUGGUGUAGAUGGGUCAUCAGAGCCUGUUGCUGAGAUGGAGUCUGAGGCCUCCACAAUUGAAACAUCAAGCUCAUAUCCUGCACUUUUUGAAGCUCCUAGGGAGAAAAUGUCGUGGGCUGAUAUGGCUCAGGAGGAUGAGCUUGAGGCAGAGGAAGAGAAUGAAGUCACUAGUAGGCAGGUUGGCCAUGCGAAUGGUGUUGCCGAGGAGAAUUUAACAGUCCAGGAAGUUAAGCAAAAGACACAGUUGUCAAGGGAGCAAAGAGAGUACAUUCGAUUUACUAAUGUGAAAAGAAAGAAGGAUUUUAUGUGUUUGGAGAGAGUUAAAGGCAAACCUGUUAAUAUACUUGACGGCCUUGAGCUACAUACCGGUGUCUUUAGUGCUGCAGAGCAGAAGAGGAUAGUUGAUUAUGUGGAAGUGCUUCAGGAGAUGGGAAAGAAAGGCGAAUUAAAAGCACGCACUUUUACUGCACCACAGAAGUGGAUGAGGGGCAAAGGUCGUGUUACUAUGCAGUUUGGUUGCUGCUAUAAUUAUGCAGUGGAUAAAAAUGGUAAUCCUCCGGGUAUCCUCAAGAAUGAAGUCGUCGAUCCUCUUCCUGACCUCUUUAAGGUCAUGAUUAAAAGGCUAAUCAGGUGGCAUGUCCUCCCGCCAUCUUGUGUUCCAGACAGCUGCAUUGUCAAUAUCUAUGAUGAGGGGGACUGUAUACCCCCUCAUAUCGACAAUCAUGAUUUUGUUCGCCCAUUCUGUACUGUGUCAUUCCUUAGCGAGUGCAGUAUUGUAUUUGGAUCAGAUUUGAAAAUCAUUGGUCCAGGCGAGUUUUCUGGUUCUGCAGCCAUCCCGUUGCCUGUUGGAUCUGUUUUUGUGUUAAAUGGGAAUGGAGCUGAUAUAGCUAAGCAUUGUGUCCCAGCUGUUCCCAGCAAAAGGAUAUCGAUUACAUUCAGGAAAAUGGAUGAAUUAAAACGGCCAAUAGGUUAUGUUCCUGAACCUGAUUUGCAAGGUCUACAGCCACUGACUUACGGAGUAGAUAGGCCAAAGAAAUUGACUUCUCCAAAACCAAGGGGAUUUGGGAAAAAGCUGGUAGUCAGAAGAGAUGAGGGAGAUGAAAACAGCAGUGAAGCAAAAGGAUCAAUAGAGAGGGGUUCAAAUGUACGUCAGUCAAAUCGAACUCGACAAGGUUUUGUAAAUAGGCGAAACGUAAAGCUGUAUUUGGAAAAUUAAGGGUUAUGUUGAAGUUGAUCCAGAGUUGUGUAUGGAUUCUUUUGCCGCCACAUCCAGUGGAAAAAGGAGCUGUUGGUUGUUGGCAUGCUUUCCUUUGUACAUGGUGGCUUCAUCAUCUUGCCUUGCUUAUGUAGGUGGCGCAAGGAGAUAACAAAUUUGUGACAGCUGAAUCAUUAAUUGUCCCCGUCUCUUGAUUUCUUUACUGCUUGGUGAGAAUAUUACACAGCAAUGGGUCCUGUGACAGAUGAUUCAGAUUAUCAUCUCAAAGAAGCGUUUAGUCGGAUGUAAAGAUUUAUGGCUGGGUAAGUAAGUUCUCGAGUCAAUAUUAAGCCUUUUAAGGUUUCCAGUCUCUGGAUGAUACGUUACUACUAUUUGCCCGUGUCUUGUGUGGGGCAAAUGAACGGAAGCUAUCAGCAGCUGCAUCAAAUCAGCUAUGCGAUUGGAUUAUCUCUAGUUGAUUGGUUGUGACAGUAGCAAGCCAUUGUGGUUUGAUGUUUCUUUUUUUUUUUUUUAUAUAUAAUUAUUCUCCAAUUUCAUUUCAGAGUGCAAGUUGUACAACGAGAUUUGUAGUUGUCUUUUUCGGUCUAAUUCUACUUGAAGGUUGGAUUGCAUUAUAAGUUCAUUGUAUCAACAUUUUAACACACUCCGGAGAUUACAUAAAAUAUAAUGGAUUCCUAUUCUUC